UUCUAGCCAACCUGCUUGACUUCCUCUCUCUACAGCCUGGACAGGAAGUCAGAACACCUCGGGAGGUGAGGCUAAUGGGCCUUGUGAAUGAGAACACGGGUCAUCCUAACAUCCUGCGGCUCUACGAGUGGUUCGAUGCCCCAGACUGCUACGUGAUGGUGCUAGAGCGGCCUGACCCCUGUAAGGACCUGGUGGACUUCUGCUACACCCAGAACAAAAAAGUGAUGGAUGAACAGCAGGCCCGGGCAGUGAUAGACCAGCUGCUUCACGCCCUCCUGCACUGCCAGCAUGCAGGAGUGUUCCAUCGGGAUGUGAAACCAACCAACAUCCUGAUAAACACGGAGACCCUGCGUGUCAUCCUCAUUGAUUUUGGGUGUGGAACUUCCUGGAAGGACACGCCUUUCAGUUCCUUCGCAGGCACCACUGACUUCUCACCUCCAGAGUGGUUUGAGGAGGGGCUGUACCAGGCUGGGCCCUUCACAGUGUGGUCCCUCGGGGUCACAGUGUUUGAUAUCGUUUGUGGCUACCUGCCAUUUAACCCGGACGAUGGCCAUGAGAGCAUGAGCAGAGUCCACUUCCCUACAGGGCUGUCCUCAGAAAUCAAGGACUUCAUGAGCAGGUGUUUGGCACCAGAGGUGAAAGAACGAGCGACGCUAGAAGAGCUCCAGCGUCACCCGUGGCUCCACCCCACCUGCUUACAACAAGUAGGAUUCAGGAAGAGGAAGAUGAGGAGGGAGGAAGAUGGAGAGCAGAAAAGGAGCUCCUCUGACUCUCUCAUUCCUGCAAAGUGCCUCUGGAAAGAUCAAGAUGAAUGCCUUCAGCUUCUGGCAUCACCUACUCCAGGAGGAGAAGGCCAAGGCCAUGAAGGAAAGGGCCUGAGUGAACAUGGUCCCCAGGCCCCCGUACUCAGCCUUGGCCAGACAGAGGAUGACCAUCUGAGCCACGGCCAAAGCAGUGAGCAGUUCCUAUCUGCCUGCUCCUCUUUGCGGUCGUAUUACAGCUGUCAAUCCACAGAGAGGAGAGGCAUGAAUGAGGAGACAGGCGUGAAGAGCCAUCGGGAGAACCAGAAAAUGGCAGCAAACUGCCUUAAGAAAGCCUCAGAAAAGCCCCAGAAGGCUGGCGUGAGGAAGAGGAAGAUGGGGUGUGAAGAGCAGGCAGUGGUGCAGGGAAAGAACCUGGGUCCCUACAGCGGGACCAGACCUGCAAAGUGCCCACGGAAAGAUUUGCAGGAUAUGGGCCAGAUGAUGCACUACUCUGCCUCGAUGCCUCGGGCCUCCAGGACCAUGAAUCCAAUGUCCUCCUGGGGUGGAUAAUAUAACGUUGAGGCAGUCUGGCACAAACAGAAACUAAGCAGCUCGGUCACUUUUCAUCGCUGUUUAACUUUUGGUUUGACACCGACACAUGGAUACGUCACAGUCUGCUUGAGCCCCAUAUUAUCCUCCACCUUCCCAGCCUGCCUUAACCCUGUUUUAGCCCCGCCCCACCUCAGAUGCAGUAAGUGCCAAAGUACAUGGUGUGCUCCACUGCAGUCUGCAGCCACAUACACAAGCCACCAUGCGGCAGGAAAGCUUGUGGACUGCACGUUUGUAAGCGUUGUUGCAUUUAAAACAUUCAGAAUAAUUAUCCAAGGGACAUACAAUUAAAAUGACAAUAAGAAGUCAAAUAAAACCUGGGGAAGUUUGGUGACGCUCCCUCAGGCAAGAUUUGUGGUGCUCCUUGCAGCAGCAGUUCUGACUUCCUGCUUUUCCAGGUGGAUGAAGUUUCUGUGCUGCAGUCCCAUCAAGCCAGGGAGGCUGUGCAGGAAACUGACCAGCGGAGGAAAACCCCUGUGCAGCCGGGUCCAGAGAGUUCUAAGCCCAGGCCUAGUUAAAUCAAAGACAAAGAGUUCCAUUAGUGCUUAUGAUCAGCAUGGCAGAGGUAAAGCACUAUAACACACACAGGCCCCGUGCACACAUACAUUCACACACUUUGCUGUUUCUGCCUUUCCUUUUCAUUAGAGCAACUUUGUAUGCUCCCACAAUGCCAGCUAUCCCUCUGCAGUUCAGAAGCUGAACUACGCAGUCAGUUUAGCAUGUAGUGUUCCUGUUGGCCAUCCUUAAUUUCAGGCUAACAUGGCUUUUUAUAGCACAAAUGAAAAAUUGAACACUGACAUUGGUGUCAUAUGUCAAUGGUGUCAUAAAGACCGGAGACGUCUCCUCUCCUUACAGAACAGGCAGCUGUAUACUUCUGAGCAGUAAAAGACUGGUAUUUGUUAUUUCAGGGAGCAAUGUAAUUAUCAUUCAAGUUCAGACAUACAAGACCCCUUUAAUCCCAGUGAAACACAGAUGAG